AUGCCGCCGAAGUUCGACCCCAACGAGAUCAAAGUCGUAUACCUGAGGUGCACCGGUGGGGAAGUGGGUGCCACGUCUGCCCUGGCCCCCAAGAUCGGCCCCCUGGGCCUGUCCCCGAAGAAGGUUGGUGAUGACAUCGCCAAAGCAACUGGUGAUUGGAAGGGUCUGAGGAUUACAGUGAAACUGACCAUUCAGAACAGACAGGCCCAGAUUGAAGUGGUGCCUUCUGCCUCUGCCCUGAUCAUCAAAGCCCUCAAAGAACCUCCAAGAGACAGAAAGAAGCAAAAAAACAUUAAGCACAGUGGAAAUAUCACAUUCGAUGAGAUUGUCAGCAUUGCCCGACAGAUGCGGCACCGAUCUUUAGCUAGAGAACUCUCUGGAACCAUUAAAGAGAUCCUAGGGACUGCCCAGUCUGUGGGGUGCAAUGUUGAUGGCCGCCACCCUCAUGACAUCAUAGAUGAUAUCAACAGUGGUGCCGUGGAAUGUCCGGCUAGUUAA